UACAGAUCUUCUUCUUUAGUAUAUUUUUGUUUCGACGAUGGCUAAUUUUGCGGAGUGGCUGAGUACACUAAGUCCUAUCAGCAUUGUUCUUCUUGGUGCCCUUGUUGGCUUCAUUAUGUUUGCCGCUGAAUACGGAGUGGGCCUGCUCGUGAAGAAGUACUUCCCCGAAGAAGAAGAGAAUCCCGCUCUCGGUGCCCCGAAACCUGCCGAUAUUCCCUCCAGCAGCGAUAAACCUAAAGCGGAGUAACACCAUAAUAUGAAGGAUUGUAGUUCGGUAUUUGAAUGAUAAUGAUUUGUUUGUUUUAAGAGCCUUGAACAGAAGCAGAUUGAAUACCCCAAAUCAUACAGUAAAUUAGUGAUGAACACAUCGAACUACGAUAUUAGACAGGGAAACGAGCUUCGAAUUCAAUGCGACAAAGGAGAACCUGUCACAAUUGAGGCGAUCCAAGGGUCUGUGGAAGUAAAUGGAUGUAAAUUGCUACAUAAACAAGUGUUCGCUAAUCUCUCUUUUGGUAUAUAUGCUUGGGACGAUUCGAAGGUUUCAAUUCAAGGGUCAAUCAAAAAGUCCUAUUUAGCAACUUCAAGCCUUGUUCCUUACUGCGUAGAUGUUCACCAAAAGUUACAAGCCGAACGAGAAAAGGUUUCUCCCUAUACUGCGCGCAAAGCUCCUCGCGUGCUUAUUUUAGGCCCCCAAUUAGUUGACAUUUUCUCGAUUGCGCGCACGCUUGUGGAAUACGCUGUUCGAUGCGGCGAAUCGCUGCUCUACCUGGAUUUCGAUGUCCGCAAAGGCAACAUCACCGUUCCGGGCUGCAUGUCCGCCACGGUAUGCACGCGCGAAGCGCACUUGGCGACCAACGCGCAGAACUACGUUCUGUCCCCAACCGUGGAGUUCUUCGGAUUCCAGAAGUGCAUGGACAACUACCAGCUGUUCCGGAGCUGCAUGAACGCGCUGCUGGAUCGCGUGGAGGAGCGAAUGCGCGUCGACGAAGCGGUCCAACACGGCGGAAUCAUCGUGAACGGAGGGUCCUGGUACUCGGAGGACGGCUCUCUCCCGCUUCUCAAAGAGCUGAUGGAUCGACUGCAGUUCGAUCUGGUGUUGAUUCUGCAGGACUCGCCGAUCAAAGUGGGGUCGGGCCGAUUCCCGUCGCUGAGCGUGAAGAUGUUCCCUCCGGUGGACCAUCUGUGGAGCAAGCCGGAGCAGGACAUGCUGGAGUGCAACAUGGCGAUCGAUUGGUACUUCUACGGCGUCGCGGAGGAGAACUUCUAUCUGGCCAAUCCCAACCAGUUAACGCGGCCCAUGGACGAGCUGACCAUCGUGUCCUUCGCGGACCAGCGCGAGAUGGAGGAGACCAAUAAAAUCGCUCCGGAGGCGCGAAGCACGGAGGCCUGGCUGAAGCCGAUGCCAGUGCCCAUUGAGAAGCUGCCCAAUCAGAUUUUGGCGGUAACGGAUGCGAAGAGUGUGGAUGAAGUGCGGAAGGCGUCCGUUCUGGGAUUCGUGUUUGUGGCCGGAGUGGAUUUGUCUAGAAAGAUGCUGAAGUUGGUUACACCGGCGGGAGGAGACUUGCCGGGAACGAUUUUGGUGAAAGGAAGGAUUGAGUGGUCGAAUUCUUAACUUGUAUUCUGUUGUUGAUUC